AUGAAGCCUUCUCAACUCAGCCUGCUGGUCCUCCUCUUCCAGGCCUCCUCCAUUCAGGCCAAGACGUACAAGAAGAAUGUCCCGACAUUCGAAGUUGGCCCUGAUGUGGUCAUCACCGACAACAAGAUUGAGUACGAUGAUCCCGACUGUGAUCCCGGGUUUACAUGCAGAACAAGCAAGACCUGUGCCGCGCCGGGUACCGUUCCCACCCUCACCGGCGACAAGAAGUACUUUUCUUGCUGCUUGAAGGGACUGAACCUUCUUGGUAGCCCUGAGACAGCAUUCGACUGCUGUGCCGAAGGCCAUGACCUUGCUGGCUCUGGAGAAGUUGGCUAUAGGUGCUGCCCAACUGGACAGAUCUAUGACGGCCUGAUCUGCAAGCCGGUAUGCGCGAAUGGCAAAGUUCUUGUCGACGGCAAGUGUGUCUGCCCGAAAGACACAGUCGAAGGUCUGGACGGGGCCUGCCAUGAACAAAUCUGCACUUCCGGGUUAACAUCUGGUAAAUGCUACACCUUCACCGCACCCAAUGGCAACACCCUAGGCUCCGGCGCCGACGGAAUCUACUACGCCAAACCCGACGACAUGAACUUCCACUAUGGUAAAUUCCAGCUUUGUCUGGACGAGAAGUGCGAGGGCAACCUCCCCAUCAACCCCCAGGACGGAGUGUACAUUAGAGACCUGUACGGCGACGUCAAGACCGGCGCGAACAAGGGCCAGUGGCUCAACAAUGCAAAGGAUGGCGCCCAUAUCGGCAAGACCAAGGACUUUGCCGCAGCCGGCAAAUUCUCUUUGAGCAAGUGGCCAUGCGGAAAGUACUGUCUUGGAGGCGUUGAGUGGGGUGUCGGUCCCGCUUGUCCUUCUCUGACACCUGCGAUUACCUUCUUCUCACAGGAUCCGCAGAUGUGUACUGCCUUUGAUCUCACUGAGAUCCCUUGUGAUAUUAAGGCGCCUGCCAAUAACUGUAUUUGGAAGAGUGGGAAGAACCAGUGCUGUGGUAAGGUUGAUUGCGGUCUGUGA